GAUGUUAUUUCCAAGUGUCAUUGAACACCUCCAAGUAGCUUUCCAAGACCAGACUCUUGCCCUUUACCAAUUCACUUCCACUUCGUAUUGACUGAAAAAAACCAAUGGUUUUGUUGAUAUAAUCUUGGGAAAUGUUGAUUUUGACUAACUUGAUCAAAUCCCAUCUAUAAAUUCACCCACCUCUUCAUCAGUUUCAUUCACAUUCCGAAUCAAAACCUCAUUUCACUCUCCACAUAUUAAGGCUUAACUCAUAUUUUUAAGAGAUCAAGAAAAUGGACAAGAAAGACGAUGGUGCUAAAUCUUGUAACGUAGCACAAACCAGUGUGGCUGGAUCUGGUUCGGGUCAUAUGGUGGCGCCAGGGACUGGAGGUGCAGUUCAGAUACCUCGGGAUGCUUUCGAAGCUAACACUAAGGCCUAUUUUGACGACCUUCAUGCCAAGGACAAGGCAACCAAGUGAGAAGUGUUUAGUGGUUUAAAAUAAUAAUCAGCACCUUCUUUCUUUAUGCUCCUAUGACGUGACUCUCCUAUUAUGAUCACAAUUUUAAAUAAAAUGAGUUAUUAUA